UAUCACUGUCUGUACUCUGUUUUUAAAGGUAUAUAUGGAUGGAUUUACAGAGUGAGGGACGUACUCGUGCUAAUGUGCGCUCGCCUGUGCGAACCGUUAUAUAUAUGGACAGCCGACCAACGACACUAGAACCACUCUCCAAUUGUCAAACAGUGGAGGUCUGAAACAGAGGAUAUAAUACUAGCGAAUAGGUUUUAAGAAAAGUGUGUGAGUCUGAGAGAGAUGGAGAGAGAGAAGGAAAUGAAGCAAUCCAAGUUUAAGAGGAUCUGUGUGUUUUGUGGGAGUAGUCCAGGGAAGAAGAGUAGCUAUAAAGAUGCUGCUGUUGAGCUUGGAAAGGAGUUGGUUUCAAGAAAUAUUGAUUUGGUUUAUGGAGGAGGGAGCAUAGGGUUGAUGGGUUUGAUUUCUCAAGCUGUAUAUGAUGGUGGCCGCCAUGUUAUUGGAGUUAUCCCCAAGACACUCAUGCCAAGAGAGAUAACAGGAGAAACAGUAGGGGAAGUGAAGGCAGUUGCUGAUAUGCACCAAAGGAAGGCAGAGAUGGCUAGACAGUCAGAUGCCUUUAUUGCCUUACCUGGUGGUUAUGGGACCCUUGAAGAGCUUCUUGAAGUGAUAACAUGGGCUCAGCUUGGCAUCCACGACAAGCCGGUUGGAUUAUUGAAUGUGGAUGGGUACUACAACUCCUUGUUGUCAUUCAUUGACAAGGCAGUAGAGGAAGGCUUCAUUUGUCCAACUGCAAGACAUAUCAUUGUCUCUGCCCCUACCCCAAACGAGUUGGUCAAGAAAAUGGAGGAAUAUUUUCCGCGGCACGAAAGAGUAGCCUCAAAACUAAGCUGGGAGAUUGAACAACUAGGCUGCUGCACCCCAAAAUGUGAUAUUUCAAGGUGAAGAAAUGUGAAGAGGUGAAAGUAGAAAACACAGGACUGCAGGACUAAUUUUAGAUGACUGAAAAUGUUCCUCCAGUAGGGAUUUAUUUUCUUCUUUGCUUUCCGAGUAAACUUUGACCUACAACAACCUCAACGCUUAAUUUCUUAGGUUUUUGCUGCUAAUUUUUUUUUUAAAAUGUUUUGCAGUUUAGAUCACAACUCUUAAACUGCUUUAGGUAUGUAUUAAUUGUCAACAAUGACUUAAAUCAAUUCUCAA